CUUCAUCUUCCUCCUCCUCCUCCUUCAAAGAGGGAGGUAUCAUUAAGAAGACCCGCUGAUUCACGAUUCAGUGCACUUCAUUAGAUCAUUAGGGGUCAUUAUCUUUCUCCUUAAGAGCCAUGAAGCAUCUCUCAGCUGUGACCAGCAGUUUUCGUCUUUGAGCACUGAAUCCCAAGAGAGCUUGCGUGGAUUGGAACAUACAGCCAAAACAGGUCAGAGUAUGUCAUCUGCAACUUUUAACAAAAUUCUGCGACCCCUUCUGAUCACAAUCUUCAUUCUGGGAUGCUUUGUGACUGUCUUUUUGAUGUAUUUUAAGCCAUCCACCAGCUGGUUAUACGGCCCAGUAGAGUCAACAGUUUCCACAGACCAGGUCAAGAACCUCUUCUCUACAAAGAGCAAUAAAAACCUGACCACUGUACUGGUCUGGCUUUGGCCCUUUGGACAAACAUAUGACCUGAACGUCUGCAGCUCAGAGUUCAACAUCGAAGGCUGCUUCAUCACAGCAGACAGAAACUUCUACAACAAAUCAGAUGGGGUGGUUAUCCACCACAGAGACAUCGCCAGAGACCUGUCCAACCUGCCAACUCAACAGCGACCGCCGUUCCAGAAGUGGAUAUGGAUGAACUUGGAGUCGCCUUCACAUUCCCCUCAGCUGCCAGAGAUCAACAACUUGUUCAAUUUGACUCUCAAUUACCGUCAGGAUUCUGACAUUGAAGUGCCUUAUGGGACCAUUGUAGCAACAGAUACCGAGGAGGACUUUGUGCCACCUGGCAAAAACAAACUGCUCUGCUGGAUCGUAAGCAACUGGAACCCUGAGCAUGUGCGGGUUAAAUACUACAACGAGUUGUACAAACACAUCGAGGUUCAUGCAUAUGGACAAGCCUUUGGGGAGCACGUCUCUGACCAAGACUAUAUCCCCACCAUGGCCAGCUGUAAGUUUUAUUUGUCUUUUGAGAACUCCAUACACAAAGACUACAUCACGGAGAAACUAUAUGUUCCACUUUCUGUGGGCACAGUGCCAGUGGUUCUUGGCUCAACCAGGCAGAACUAUGAAAACUUUAUUCAAGGGGAUGCUUUUAUCCACGUGGAUGAUUUCUCUUCACCCAAGGAAUUGGCAGAGUACCUGCUGCUCCUGGACAAGAAUGAGGAAAUGUAUCUGAGAUACUUUAAGUGGCGGCAGCWCUUUAAAGUAAAGAGAGCCCAUUUCUGGGCAGAGCACACAUGCCUAGCUUGUGAUUACUUGAGAAGACACAAGGAGUACAAGUCAUUUAAUGACCUUAACAAGUGGUAUUGGGGCUGAUAGUGCUCAGACAGGCUAUGCAGUACCCAUCUUUUUAUAACGUUGUAAGACACACUGAAAAAAGGUGGCUCUAGAAGGAGAAUAUAAAAGUAAAAAAAGUGUCAUCAUGAAAUGAAAACAUCUCAUCUGUGGUAGUGAUUCAGUCACCUAUGCAGUAAUGAACUGAAAUGUGAAGCUAGGUCAAAUAAGUCAUGUGCAUAAUGUUUAAAUUCUUUUGGUGUUUUUUUAUAUAUUUUUUGUACAUUUGCAUUUGCAUUGCUAAGUCAACAAGUACCUGUUUUUAAAUAUGUGAAAAUAUGACAGCCAUUUUAACUGGAUGGAGAGGGCAUUACACUACUCUGAAAAGUUCCCAUCAAAAUUAUUUUCAAGAUGAGCGACCUUGAUAGAAAAAAAAGGCAAACUGAAAAAAAAAAMCAACACCUUUAUUUAGCAGAUAAGAAAGAGCAUAUUUGCCUUCUUUCCUGUGCUCGGUACUGUCAUUUAAAAAUAUAUGUUGCCAAUAGUGUUACGCUGAUAUUUCUUGACUUCUCUUUUUUAGAAAACACAAAAAUGGGUGAAAAAUUUUUAAUUGGUAAUGCCUAAGMUUUUAAAAAGGGAUAAAAUAAUUGCAGAACCCUGAUUACUUUGUCAGUUUUUACAUGUUAACCUCUACAGCUUUACCUGUAUACUGACCUUCAUAAAUUGGUAAGUUUCAUACAACAGAAAGGGGCUGGGUUGGCAGCAUAUGCAGGGGAGCAGGUACAGUCUAGUGUGGGUAAGAGAACAGAGCAAACUUUCUAACUUUCUUGCAUUUUAUUACAGCUUAACUGGUACGUGAAACAAAUUGGAAGUUAAGUUUUUGAAAAAAAAAUCUAUGAGAUUUUCUCGAUGUGUCUCUAUACAUUCAAAAUAGUGGACAAUGUGUGUAACGGACAAUCCAUACAACUUGACAUGGAUGUUAGUUUCAUGCAAAAUAAUGGAUACUAUUUCUCUGAUGCUGGUACUCCCAACAGUCAUUGUGUGAUAGGCAGGGCUGCAGGUCCGUCACAGGGCCACACAGGGACAAAUGAGGCAAAUAAUGAAACUCAAACCUUAUACCUUAGGGACAAUUUAGAGAUACCAAUGAACCUAACAUGCAUUUUCUGAGGAAAGGAAACCUCCUCUCGCMACCCUCUCACUCCCUCCCUUUCUGUCUAUUGUUGAAAUCUUUACAACACACACAAAUAAAACCCUACAGAAUGACAGUUCAGUACCUGUGGAUAUCACAUUACUAUGUUUCAUAAGGACAACUUAUUCUUACAUUAUUAUGUGGCCAUUGUAAUUUCAACAGCAAUGCCCUUUUCUUUUCUUUUUUUACACAAAUUUCUGAGCAAAACCAUGGAAACAUUUUAUGCAAGUUGAACUGGGAGCUUCUCGGUCAAAGUCUUAAACAUUUUAGCUUAUAACUUUGAUAUUUCUUAACUGUCUAAGGGACCAACUCGUAAAGUAAGAAUCAAUCUGCUCCCAUAAAAUAUGAUACCCAAGUCUUUAACUGGAUCAGACCAGGCUGCUGAUAGAGGUCUUUAUUGUAUGUUCAGCAGACUGAUGGAGCUCUUUAAGGAGGAAAAAUUACAAUGUGUUGUAUAUACUUUUCAGUUUAAAUAAGUUCAAGAUUUGUUGUCAUGUCGGUGUGGUCAGGAGGUGAUUGGGAUUCUACUGUAUCCUUUUGUGCAAUGCUUUAUGCCUGGAGAGGCUUUGUAAUAAAAAGUAAGGUGAGAGGCCUGUGAAGUGGGUCAAAAACAUCAGAAACAAUGAUUAGGUGCUUGGGRUUUUGGUAUUUUUACAUUUCAUGAAUUUUGUAUCAGGUUGUAACAAUACAGGCAUGUCUUAAUGGAGAAGUUUGUGCCAAAAUGCAGCAGAGAGAGCACUUUUUAUUUGUGACGUUCUGUGACUCACAUUGUGUGGCUGUCUUAAAGGAGCAAUUGUGAGUUCAGAAUCAAGACCUCAGUUUGUCCCAGAGAUAUACUAAGAAACUUCUGUUUAUGGUUUUAUAUUGUACAGUCUGUUCUCCUGAAUGAAAACCAAGCUUUCUUGUCCAAUAUGAUUGGAGCAAACUGUUUUUUAAUGAAUGUUGUUUGUCUCUUUUUUCCAUCUUCUUUUUAUUCUUUCUUAUUUUGCACAAAAACAACAACAACAACAAAAGGAUAAUCAUGAUUAUUAUUAUUUUUUGUUGACGAGUGUUUUAUCACACUGCAGAGUAAACCAAGAUGUUCCUGGUGGGUUUAUGUUCCGAGGCUGAUGUUGGUGGUCUUCAGAAACACUGUACACUAUGUGGGAAAAAUUCUGCCACUUUACUGAAAUAAUCAGUGUUAGUCUUUACAUUAGUACAUUUAUUUUGCCAAAUUGUUGUAUUUUGCCAAAUGUGUUUUAAGUGUAGAUGUCUUAUAAUGUUAAAAAGAAAAUUAAAAAACAACAAAUUAGCAAACAUGAGUGAAGCUCACAGAGUUCUUUUAUAAACAAUGUAGUGUUAUAACUUUGUAUUCUGUGUUGUCUUUUAACCUUUUUUUAAUUUUUAGGAUAAGCUGGAGAGGGCCAUCUUCUCAAAAUAAAUAAUGAUAUUUA